GCAGCUUUCGCCGAAUAAACAUCUCUCGAAAAAAAAAGAAAUAAAGUAAAUAACUAAGUUUUUAAACGAAAAUUAUUUAAAAAUCCGCGAAUUAUUUAGACUGUGAUUCAAGCGGGAAAUGCUAGUUUUCGUUCAGAAACGCGAAUGAAUAGUGCGGAGUAUCGGAAUCGGGAUCGUUCGAAAUUCAAACUGUGGAACAACGUGGCGUCCUGCAUGGAGAAAUGGUUCGGUGAUAAGCGGUUGUGGUUAUUUGGGAACAACCUGCCGUUGUUGCCGAGAAGAUCGCGCGCCAGCAGCCGCGCGAUGGAGCGCUACGAGAAACUCGCGAAACUCGGCGAGGGCUCGUAUGGGCUCGUGUACAAGUGUCGCAACCGAGACACCGGCGAGAUCGUCGCCGUCAAGAAGUUCGUCGAGAACGAGGACGACCCGCUCAUACGCAAGAUUGCGCUGCGGGAGAUACGCAUGCUAAAGAACCUGAAGCACCCCAACCUGGUGAACCUGAUCGAGGUAUUCCGUCGCAAACGCAAGUUGCACCUGGUCUUCGAGUACUGUGACCACACAGUGCUGCAUGAGCUGGAGAAGUAUCCCUCUGGUUGCCCAGAGCUCCUGUCAAAGCAGAUCAUCUGGCAGACGCUGCAAGGCGUCGCCUACUGCCACCGCCACAACUGCAUCCAUCGGGACGUCAAGCCUGAGAACAUCUUGCUGACGAGCGACGGCGUCGUCAAGCUAUGCGACUUCGGCUUCGCGAGGAUGAUCAGCCCUGGUGAGAGCUACACAGACUACGUGGCGACGCGCUGGUACCGCGCGCCUGAGCUGCUGGUGGGCGAUACUAUGUACAGCACUCCCGUCGACGUUUGGGCUAUUGGUUGCGUGUUUGCGGAGCUCCUCUCAAGCGAAGCGUUGUGGCCAGGCAAGAGUGACCUCGACCAACUCUACCUCAUCAGGAAAACCCUCGGCGACUUGCUGCCGAGGCAUAUGACUAUAUUUUCCCAGAACACAUUCUUUCAGGGAAUGGCGUUACCGGAGCCAACGACACUCGAGCCCCUGGAGAAAAAGAUACCGCAAAGAUACGCCAACAACGAAUUGGUUUUAGAUUUCCUGUAUAAAUGCCUAGACAAAGACCCCAUGAUGCGGUGGACGUGCGAGCAGCUUCUGAGGCAUCCCAUCUUCGAGAACUUCCUCUUCACAGUGCCGCAUACCGACCAUGACGACUUCGAAAAAGCGAGGAGAGUUCAGGUGCAGUCAUCGCCCAUGCUGCCGCAGCUGAUAGUGACGGAGCGCGCGCCGCCCAAGAAGAAAGAGCUGGAGCGCGGGCACCUGCCCACCAUAUGACUAGCGCCGCCCGCGCGGCCGCGGCUUUAAUAUUAAACGUUUCUUCUUAUUUA